GUGCAUUUCGAUGGCAUUAUGCUUGAAGAUAACACACCGUCAAGUUAUGGUACCAAUCGCAUCAAUCCAUCGUAUUUCGACGAUCCACAACACUCAAAAAUUGCACCGUUAAUGUGUCCACUGAAAGGAAACGAUUCACACUACGAUAUGCCUCCGUAUCAAACCUACAGUGUCUAUUAUUACAAAAGCAGAUCUGAAGAGCAUAGAACCGUCGACUGCACGAUUAUUUUAUCGAUCCAGAAUUCCACCUUUCUGAAAUCAGAUGGAAAUGUCGUGGUGUUGCCUGGAAGAAUUGCUUCAAAAUCGCCGGCUCGAGUUUUAGCAGAAAACAGUAAGGUCUCCCGAGCUGUUCGCGAAAGAAAUCAGAUGAACUGUCUGAAGGCAUGGCUAUCGUCACGAACGCUGUGCAUGCUCGCAUCAACCGAAAAGGGCAGAAUGUAUGACGUGAGAAGUGUGUACGGUUUACAGCAGAGUAUUGCCACUAGAAAGGCUCUCCACGAAGUCACAUCGAAACGAUCAACUGUUCUAACUGGAUUCUGUUUGGAAACUGAAGCUGAAUCGCUCACUGCCAUAAACAAAUGCUUAACCAGUACCUCAUGCUUAAUUCUAUCAGUCAAUUGCUAA